UUUGUUACCACCCAUACACUGAAGGCCUGCUGACCAUGGACACUGUGGGAAAGGUGAUCAGGUGCAGAGCGGCGGUGGCCUGGGAGCCCUGCAAGCCCUUGGUCAUUGAAGAAAUCGAAGUGGCCCCACCGGAGGCUCAGGAAGUUCGCAUCAAGAUUGUUGCGACUGCACUGUGUCACACGGACCUGUACUUCCUGUACGAGAGAGGGAGGAGGGAGGGGUUUCCUGCCGUGCUGGGGCACGAGGGGGCGGGGAUUGUGGAGAGCGUGGGACCAGGAGUGACAAGGUUCAAACCAGGAGAUAAGGUCAUCCCUCUCUUUGUGUCUCAGUGUGGAGAGUGCCGAUUUUGUCUCAAUCCCAGCACCAAUCAAUGUGACAAAAGCUGGUCAAGCCAAAGACCAGGUAAGAGGUAUGAUGUAAGCUCUGACACCACGUCCAGACUGAAGUGCAGAGGCAAGACCCUCCUGCAGUACUUAGGCACCAGCACCUUUUCAGAGUACACCGUUGUUAAUGAGGUCGCCGUGGCCAAGAUCCCCGACUCCGCCCCCCUGGACAAGGUCUGCCUGCUGGGCUGCGGCGUCGCCACGGGAUACGGAGCCGCUAUCAACACCGCAAAGGUCCAGCCUGGCUCGACAUGUGCAGUAUUCGGUUUGGGGGGUGUGGGCCUGGCGACGGUGAUGGGGUGCAAGGCAGCAGGGGCGUCCAGGAUCAUUGCUGUGGACGUCAACAAGGACAAGUUCCCCAAGGCCAAAGUGUUCGGGGCCACCGACUUUGUCAACCCCAAGGACCAUGACAAACCCAUCAGUCAGGUGCUGGCAGAGAUGACCAAUGGAGGGGUGGACUUCUCCUUUGAGUGCGUCGGAAGCGUGGAGGUCAUGAGAGGAGCGCUGGAGUCCUGUAUUAAAGGCUGGGGGGUCAGUGUGCUGACUGGGUACAAUGACAGUCAGGACAUGUCCACUCGCUGCCUGCAGCUUCUCGCUGGACGCACUUGGAAGGGAUCUCUGUUUGGCGGCUAUAAGAGUGUGGAGAGCGUGCCCAGGCUGGUGGGGGAGUACAUGGAGGGGAAACUGCAGCUGGACGAGUUUGUGACUCACACUCUCCCCUUGGACCGAAUCAAUGAAGCCUUCGACCUCAUGAUCAAUAGAGAAGGCAUUAGAACAGUGCUGCAUCUGUCCACACAUUGAGGUGCAGCGUGAAGAACCUGUUUUGAUUGUUUUAUGGCUGAGAAAAGCAAGAAAAGCUAAAUCACAUUCAAAUCCUCAAGUUUACAUGAUGAUAAUACUCGUCACAAACUUGUCCUUUCUUUUAAGCAAAUUAAAC